GAACAUAAAUACACAUUAGAAUACAUAUUCGUAUUGAACUAAAAAAAAUAUUUGUAUUGAACAAAGAACAUAUUCUGUAUGUGUGACUUGUAUAUUCGUAAUUUUCACAACUUUUAUUCAAAAUAAUAUACCACGUAUUAAAAACUAUAUUCUUACUAAACACAAAUCAUAUUCGUACUGAUCCCAAUUCAUAUUUGUACAAAACAGAAAUCAUAUUCAGCAUUUCCCAGAACUUGCAUUCCUCACUCUCUCUCUCUCGUGUCAGCUAUUUUCCAGUUCGUGGGCCCCCAAAAAAUAGCUUUUUGUCAACUGCUUUUCAGUUGCUGACAUCACUUUCUACUAUUACUUUUUACUAACAAAUUUUGACUCUUAAUUUAAUGACCCAUUUUUAUGGACCAUUGUAAGAUGGAGAACCAUCCUCCAAAAUUCAAGUGGAGGACCAUAUCUAAAUUCUGGGAAACCCUUGGACUAAGCAACAGACAGUUGAGUGGCAGAACCUUCUAUGAAACAAGCACCAUGUGCCUAGCUAGGUAUAGCUUCAUUUGAUUAAGAAUGCCAUCAUUACCCAAGAUAAGCUUAUUAAGUGAGGAAGCUUGGAUAGUAACUCGAUAGCUCACAAAAUUGAUUUGCUAUUUAAAAUAUUGAGAAAAGAGUGAGCUUUUAGACGAUGUUAAGUUUUCCUAUUGAUAUUAACGGUCUGACUAGAUAUUAUUACCUUAUUUCACUCAGGAGUUAUGGAUUCUUAACUUAUUGUGGAACCUCUAAGCAAGACGUUUUAGUGUUGUCAAACACCAAGACUCAUCUAAGUGUAAGAUUAAUCACGCCUUUUUGAACCAUGAUGUGAUAUGUUGGCUCAUUCUCAAGCAUAUAAGACUUAAUGAGAAAUACGUCUCAUUUUACGGGGUGGGGGGAUUAUAAUUGUAAGAUCAUGUUAGACGAUGAUAUAAUUAAUUCAAAAUUUUAUUGUCAUAUAUAUAUAUGGAUAUUAUUUGUUGAUUAUAACCAAUCCACUUAUCUAUGUAAUAUUUUUUCAGAAUUCAAAUUAAAACUAACUAGAUACAAACCGCUUAAUAUUCGUGAAAAAAUAAAAAAAUGAAUUUGUUCCCCACCAAAAAAAUUCAGAUCUGUCUCUACCCAAAAAUCAAAAGACGAUAUCCACUAUCCAGUUAUCCAUUUGAUCAUUUGCGGCUAGCUACCAUCUUCAUCAAAGAUCUUAUUAACCAAAAAAUCUGCUAGAUAUCUCUCCUCAUCUAAUUCUUCUCAAAUUUAUUCCAUCACCAUUUUCUUUAUAAAAAAAAAAAUAGAUGCGUAAUUAUGAGCUCAAAAUCACUCUUCAAAGUUCAAACCUAACCGUGACUCAGUAAUUCUCUCACUCUUUUGGUCGAAAGCGAAAACAAUUUUCAAGGCCUCCCUAAAACAAAAACAAAAAAAUUAGCCCGAUAACAACAGGAACAAAAUCUUCGAUCUCCCCUGAAACAUCAACAGAAAAAUGAAUCUCCUAAGAUACUUAAGGAUAAUGGAUAAAAUGAAAAGUAACAACCUAGAUAAGACACGGCCGUUUCUCUGUCACACCGCGCAGUUCCUCCUUAUAAGAACAACACAUACUAAUUAAUUAAGGUAACCUCCAAAUUAAACACGCAUCAAACAAAUUACACAUAAUGGCCGCCGAACAUCAUAGAUCAGAAAUGAGCGAGCUAGAAGAAGGCGGCGGCGGCGUCUCCCCGGCGGCCACUCCACCACCUCCUCCUCCUCCUGGAUUCUGGACGUCCUCAGCUGUUGUUGAAACUCUACAAAAGGUGACGGCGGAGUUGAUCGGGACGUAUUUUGUAAUCGUGGUCGGCUGCGGAUCGGUGGCGGUGAACAGUAUCUACGGGAAAGCGACGGCGCCAGGGGUGGCGCUCUGCUGGGGUCUCAUCGUCAUGCUCAUGGCUUACUCCGUCGGCCACAUCUCCGGCGCCCAUUUCAACCCCGCCGUCACUCUCUCCGCCGCCGCUUUUCGUUCCUUCCCCGUCCGCCUCGUUCCGUUGUACAUAGUGGUGCAAGUGGUGGGAGCGAUCUUAGGGUGCGGGACGUUGGAGGCGUUGGUGGAGAUAACCCCCAAAUCGUAUUUCGGAACGGCGCCGGCUGGAUCGGCGGCGCAAUCUCUGGCCGCCGAGAUCAUCGCCACCUUCAUCUUGCUCUUCGUUAUCUCUGCCGUUUCAUCUUCUGAUUCAACGGUGGGCGAUCUUGGGCCUCUACUCGUCGGAAUGACCAUUGUGAUGGACGUCCUUCUCGCUGGGCCGAUAUCAGGGGCCUCGAUGAACCCAGCAAGGAGUAUUGGGCCGGCUGUAGUUGGACAAGGGACGAAAGCACUUUGGGUGUAUAUUUUCGGCCCAAUCGUUGGCGCAAUGGCUGGAUCGUUUGCCUAUAAGCUCUUAACACCCACCCAGAGGUCUCUCUCCGACUUGAAAAACUUGCGCUUCCGUUCCUCAACAAACCGUGGUCCAUAAAACCGCACCAGAUAUCGCACCGGAAAAGUAAGCGGUAUGAUAUUUUAUGAUAAAAUCGUGGUUUGAUCAUAGUUCAACCGUUAGACCGUUAAAUACCGCAUACCAGUUUAGCCUCCAAUACUGGUAUUGCAUGGUUAAAUCGCUGGUACGGUACGGUUUCAUGGACCAUGCAACAAACUAGCUAGAGAUGAUUGAAUUGGCGUCAAAUUUUGUAGGAGCAGUUAUCCCUUUUUCAAAUUGUUUGGACCGUCAGUUUCAUAGCGAAAUAUAUUUUUUGUUGUUGCAUAUAAGCUAGUUUACGACGAGUUUGAGCAUGCGUCCUUUUUGUCAGGAACUGGUAGGAAAGAAUCGGAUUGAAGGCGUGAUUAAUCACUCUCCUUAGAGUGUUAUAUACAAAAUUAAUUAAUUGAUUAAUUAAAC